CCGCUCCUCACAGAAUAGUUCCCCCGCCAGUCGUGAACCAACAGAAGAGAAAUGUGCUCCUCCUCCGUGGAUCCUAUAAAGGGGUUUCCUGAACGUACCGAAGAUAGUUGAGUUAUGAAGGCGAGCAUGUUUGAUCCACUCUUUGACUACUGAGAGGGAGAAAUUGUCGAGGGGAUCAACACCUGCGGGAGCGAGCGAGCCCGCUUUGACAGGCAUCCUACGUGUGGGAAUGGCAGCUCCGCGGCCGAUAAAAGGCAUCCUGAAAAACAAGAAUGACACCGGCAGCGUUCAUUCUACGCCUGGCGAAUUUCUGGGAGAUAAACCGGAACAAACUCCCGGACUUUCAGAUGAAGACCAGCAAAAGAAAUCCCAGAAGUGGGAUGAGAUGAAUAUCCUGGCCACAUACCAUCCAGCAGACAAAGAUUACGGCCUGAUGAAGAUAGAUGAGCCCAGCACACCUUAUAACAGGAUGGUUGGGGAUGACGAGGAUGAGGGGGCCUUGAGCGACUCGGAAGGUCGGACUGCACUCCAAGUGGAUGACCUGACAUCAAAGUUGAAAGCAGCAGAAGGCUCAGAAUCUCGAUUUAUGAAAGAGGAGGAAGAAGAGGAGGAAGUGGAAAGUAGUGAAGAAGAAGAGGAGCUGUCCCCCGAGGAACAAGCAAAAAAGAAAAAUUUUCAAAUGAUGCGAAAGAAGCACUACAAUGAGGGCCUCAAUAUCAAGCUGGCUCGACAACUUAUCGCCAGUGAGCUCGAAGAGGACGAAGACGAGGAGAUGAGGGAUGAAACCGAGGAGGCAGAGGAGAUCAGUGUCGACCCGCCACAGGAAGGGUGAAAGCUACAGCUGGCUACUAGUGUGGACUGAACCGGUGCCAACUAAGGUUUACACCAUCAGGAUUUUUGGGGCCGAUCAGCGAGUUUAAUAAAAAAAAAAAAAAAAAAAAAGAUGCCUGAUCACCAAUCCAAUCACAAGACUGAGCAAUGUGUCUAUUUAAAUGACUUGUUCACUUACUUGUAUAGUUGUGUACUGUAUACUGAGUAUCUUCAAAAAUAUUCUCUUGUCAUGUCAUAUAUUCUAAUCAGUCAGGUCAAACCAACAUUACAUGACAGAAAUAAUGGCUGAUAACUUACUGUAAUUAAAUUACUGUUGUAAUUCACACACACCGAAACUUUAGAGCAUAAUUCAACAGAACGCUGGCAUUUUACAUACAACUGUUAGUGCUAGCACGAGCUUGCUCGGCGACAUAACGUUUUGUUGGCUGCUUGUGAGCAGUAUCGUAUUAAAAGUACGUGAACAUACCUCAAGCAAUCUUUGAACGAAUGUCUUCUCCCAAGCACCGGUGACCACCACCACACAUUUUUCCCAUUUUGUUCUUUUUUGACCAACACAAUAGAUGCGCCGAUCCAUUGUUGUUGUGGCCAUGGUAACAACUGUAUCCGGUCAAUAAUAAUUAUGAACUACUUUGUCUUUGGACCAGUGAACGUAGUUAAAAAAUUUGAAUUAUGAACUAAGAACUGAACGAGUUCAUUUUUGGAAUUAUGACCUGAACUUUGAACUAGUUCGCGUAGAAAAUGAACUUUCCCACUGAUUCUGUAUUUUUUCACAUCGCAAUAUAUAUCGCAGAUUAAAAAAAUUAUAAUUCCAAUGUGAUUCCCCCCCCCCAAUAUCAUGCAGCCCUAAUAUACACCCACGUCUGCUCAAGCAACACAAAUAGAGACAUUGAAGAGCAUCUGCUGUAAAUCUCAACAACAGCAAAAACAGAAAAGUAUGGUCAAAAUAUGUCACAUUAGAGUUGUGGAGGUUACCCUCAUUGAGAUCAAUGGUGGGAUGAGUCACCUCUGGCUAACUAAAUGUUGAAAUUUUUUAUUAUUGACGUAUCAUUGUUUAUAAUUUGGGCAUUUGUGAAUUUGGGUUGUUUCAGUUGUUUGUACUCAGUCAAUGUAGUCGAAUGUGUCACUUGAAAUUUACACGUUAAUUUACUUGGGUACGGACAUUCAAUCGGAAUUAGCCACUUGGACCAGCAGAGUAAAUCCAGCUUUACUCCACAGUCUCUUUCCUAAAGCUCCUCAUAUACAAUUAGUCUUCUUACCGUCGCCAACAGCCACAUAUUGUUGAGGAGUAAAGACAAACCCCAAUUCCAAUGAAGUUGGGACAUUGUUUAAAUUGUAAAUAAAAAAGAGAAUACAAUGAUUUGCAAAUAAUGCAGCCCUAUGGGGGGCACAAGCCAGUGCAAACUGUAGGCCGGUCCCAAGCCCAGAUAAAUGCAGAGGGUUGCGUCAGGAAGGGCAUCCGGCUUAGAACGUUGAUGAGCCACACACUGAUGUUAUGGGAAAUAAUAGUGGAGGCUAGACUCAGGACAGAAGUGAGUAUUUGCAAGCGACAGUAUGGUUUCAUGCCUCGAAAGAGUACCACAGAAGCAUUAUUUGCCUUGAGGAUGUUAAUGGAAAAGUACAGAGAAGGUCAGAAGGAGCUGCAUUGUGUCUUUGUGGAUCUAGAGAAAGUGUAUGACAGAGUACCCAGAGAGGAACUGUGGUACUGCAUGCGGACGUCUGCAGUGACAGAGAAGUAUGUUAGAAUAAUACAGGACAUGUUUGAGGGCAGCAGAACAGUGGUGAGGUGUGACAGAGGAGUUUAAGGUGGAGGUGGGACUGCAUCAGGGAUCAGCCCUGAGCCCUUUGCUGUUUGCAGUGGUGAUGCAUAGGCUGACAGAUGAGGUUAGACUGGAAUCCCCGUGGACCAUGAUGUUUGCAGAUGACAUUGUGAUCUGCAGUGAAAGUAGGGAGCAGGUGGAGGAACAGUUGGAAAGAUGGAGGCAUCCACUGGAAAGGAGAGGAAUGAAGAUUAGCUGAAGUAAAACAGAAUAUAAGUGGAUGAAUGAGAGGGGUGGAGGGGGAAGAGUGAGGCUACAAGGAGAAGAGAUAGCAAGGGCGGAGGACUUUAAAUACUUGGGGUCAACAUUCCAGAGCAAUGGUGAGUGUGGUAAGGAAGUGAAGAAACCUGUCCAAGCGAGUUGCAAUGGGUGGAGGAAAGUGUCAGGUGUGUUAUGUCACAGAAGUCUCUGCUAGAAUGAAGGGCAAAGUUUAUAAGACAGUGGUGAGGCCAGCCAUGAUGUAUGGAUUCGAGACAGUGGCACUGAAGAGACAACAGGAAGCAGAGCUGGAGGUGGCGGAAAUCAAGAUGUUGAGGUUCGCUCUAGGAGUGACCAGGUUGGAUAAAAUUAGAAAUUUGCUCAUCAGAGGGACGGCCAAGGUUAGAUGUUUUGGAGACAAAGUUAGAGAGAGCAGACUUUGAUGGUUUGGACACAUCCAGAGGAGAGAGAGAGUGAGUAUAUUGGUAGAAGGGUGAUGAGGAUGGAGCUGCCAGGGAAGAGAGCUCGAGGAAGACCAAAGAGAAGGUUGAUGGGUGUCGUGAGGGAAGAGAUGAGGGCAGUUGGUGUAAAAGAGGAGGAUGCAGGAGAUAGGCUUACAUGGAAAAGGAUGACACGCUGUGGCGACCCCUAAUGGCACAAGCUGGAAGGAAAAGAAGCAGACAAUGAUUUGCAAAUCCUUUUCAACCUGUGUUCAAUUGAAUACUUUACAAAGAUAAGAUAUUUAAUGUUCAAACUGAUAAACUUGUUUGUUUGCAAAUAUCCACUCAUUUUUUAUUUGAUGCUUGCAACGCUUUCCCAAAAAGCUGGGACAGUGGCAUGUUUACCACUGUUUUUACAUAAUACUGUGAUAAAACCGAACCGUGAGAUAUAGCAAACAUUUUAGUGCACUUGACCGAACAGUGCAAGCUCAGUUUGCCACAGGCAAGCAAAAAUGUUAGGGCACUUGCCUGAAGGGAAAAAAGUUAACUUCGAGCCCUGUAUUUGCUCUCGCAGUUGUUCACAAAGUGGUGAACCUCACCCCGUCUUUGCUUAUGAACAACUGAGCCUUUCUGGAACGCUCCUUUUAUACCCUAUCAUGACACUCACCUGUUUCUAAUUAACCUGUUCACCUGUGGAAUGUU